UUCGCUUGCUAACUUUUUAAACAGUUUUUUGUAGUGCACGAUGCGUGGCAAGUAGUAUUUAAUGUACUCAUUUUGAAAUUUAAUGUGUCCAGUUAUCUGAAAAUUAUCAGUUCGAAAUAUCAAUUAAAUGGCGAUGAAAAGUCCUACAAGAACCAAGCAAUCUCAUAGAGAGAUGCUUGAUCCUCAGUCUCCAGGAAGUCAUUCAGGGUUGAUAUCGAAGCUGAGCUGGGAAUACAUCCUGUUAGAAGGCCAACAGGAAUUGAUCAAGAUGUCAAUGAGCUAGGACAGCAGAAACGAGUUUCAUCUGUAUUAACUAGUCCGGUGUUCAAAGAAGAACUUGAAACUGUAGUGACUGACUUAUUGCGUUCUGGUGAUGGUGGAGGUCACGUAAUUGCCAAGGAAAUUGCAAAUAUGUUGUCGCCGAUGAGCAGAUCUCAAUAUAGUCUGGGUGAUGGAGUUUUCAAUAUGAAAACAGGUGUUGGAUGUGUUACACCAAUUUAUGACAUCACAGGAUCAGAGGCAACACGAUACUCAAAAACGGAGAAGCAGAUACGCUGCAAACUUGCUGCAUUAUACAGACUAGUUGACUUGAAUGGGUGGUCUGAAGGAAUCUAUAAUCAUAUUAGUUAUAAAGUCGACAAAGAACAGGAGCAUUUUCUUAUCAACCCAUUUGGUUUACUAUAUCAUGAAGUAUCCGCAUCAAAGUUGAUGAAGAUCAACAUGCAAGGGGAUGUUAUUGACCAAGGUACAACAACAUUUAUAUUGAAUCGAGCAGGUUUUAUCAUACAUUCAGCAAUCCAUUCAGGAAGACCAGACUUAAAUUGUGUAAUACACGCCCAUAUACCAGAUUGUGUUGCAGUAUCUAUAAUGGAAUGUGGAUUACUUCCCGUUUCACAAGAAGCUCUGAUCAUUGGAGAUGUAUCUUAUCAUAACUUUAUGGGAUUAGCAGUUGAUCUGAAAGAAAGGAAAAUGCUCAUCAAACAUAUGGGACCAAAUAACAAGGUCAUGUUUCUACGAAAUCAUGGUUUGCUUGUUUGUGGAGAAACUAUCGAAGAAGCUUUCCAUCUUUUGAACAACGUUGUUUAUGCUUGUGAAAUACAGGUCAAACUUCUUUCAUGCGUGAAAUUGGAUAAAGUUACUUUAAUAGACAAAGCAAUCAGGUCGCAAGUUUUUGAUUCUGUGAAAUAUGGGAAAGACCAGAUGAAUGGUGGAGACACAAGUAGUGAUAUCAAGUGGGAAGUUGGUGAAAUGGAAUUUGAAGCUCAUAUGAGGAUGUUAGAUAACAUGGGCUAUAGGUCGGGAUAUACAUACAAAAACCUAAUGCCAUCACUUAAAAGAUCCAGAUUGAAAGGUGAUGUUGAAAUUUCCGCAACUGUUCAAGGAAAUGUACAAGUAGAUGAUAUACAAGAAGCUCGGUCCAGGUUACAGUCACAUCCACCAAAUUCCAGAUGGAUAAAUUCACCAAAUCAGUACACAAAAAUUUCCCAGAAUGGUUCCGGCCCUUCUCCAAUAAAUGGAGAUGUCAGUCCCAAGAAUAAAACUAAGUGGAGGAAUGAUGAAGGUUCGAGCCAUAGUACUCCGAUACGUAUAUCAGAUCCAAACCAAUUUGUUCCUAAAAAUACAGAUCCGAGAGAAGUUGCUGAAAAAAGGAAACAGAUUCGAGCUCAGGGAAGAUGGGAUGAAAGAGGUCCAGGACCACAAUCACAAAAACUUGAAGGUGUUCAUCCACCUGACAGUAGUAUGCCAUUGCAGGACGGCGUGUUCACAGGCAGUAAAGGGAUAAUCCAACGUGAUUAUCAUUCUACAACGAUUGUGACUGGCCCUCCAAAUCCAUUUGCAAGUAUGAGUGAAGAAGAAUUAGAGAAAUACAAGCAAGAGGUUGCUCAAAAAUCAAAGAAGGAUUCUGAGGGCGAUGAACCAACAACAUUUCAUGUAUAUCAAGAAGAAACUGAACACACAAUUGAAGUUGUUACAACAAAAGUUUCUUUAUCUGAUGAAACUGAUGGAAAUAAAGGAGCUGCGGAAUCUGUUGUACAGGAUCAAUAUAAUGAAGAUGUGCAAAAUGCAACAGUUGUCACCGCACCUGAGCAACCAAAAGUGAAAAAAAACCGUCUUGCCAGUUGAAGUUCUGACUGCUGCAACUCCUGAAAGUGUUUCAAUUAACAAUAACAAUAAAUCUAAAAUUGAAGAUAAGCAAGAGCCAGAAGUAGUGGAUAUGCCACAUGCUAAAGAUUUGUCUGUGAAAGAAGAACCAAAACUUGGCGACAAGAAGAAGACAAAUGGCAAAGAAGGGGCAACCAUGUCACCAUCAAAGGUCGUAGAAAAAGAAGAUGGUGAUUCUGCUCAUGUAGAUGAAGGAAAACAUGAUGACAAAGGAAAACACAAGAAUAAAGAGAAGAAGCAGAAGCGCCGUUCACUCAGCUUUCUAAAAAAGAAGGAGAAGAAAGAAAAAGCAUAGGAUAUGCAUCAGAAUUCAUAGAAUCUGAUAUUCAUUCUGAACUGGACUUGAUUUCAGAUGGAGUUUUUUGCAAAUCUUCAUUCUCCAACUAACAUAGAUUCAUGGAGGGACGGGUCACUAAAUUUGUUUUGUCCCAUUAUAACAUAAUAGUACAAUACCCAUACUCCAUUUUUGUCCACAACUAUUUGUCGCUCAUGCUUGUUGAACAUGAACAUAAUGAAAUGUUGUUUGUUUUGAUAUGAUAUUGCAUGGCGACAUCAAGUGCUAUUUUUUCAAAUGGAGGUACAUUUCAAAGUUUAUGUACAUUUAACCUUGUCCAUAUGUAUCAUUGAUUACUUCAAGCAAUGUGACAGUGACCUGUGUUGAUACAGUCACUCGGUCAAGUUGGGUACAUCUGGUUAUGCGAUUGUAAUAAAGACACAUUGUAAUAAUGUUUUUUUGUUAAACGCGGAUGAAAAAAUAACCUAAAUCCCUCUUCGAUUGUUAUUAAAAACCAUUUGCACUGCCCUAACAUUUUUUGUGUUGUGUUCCUCGGUCUAAAAUAGGUGUUAUCUAUGUAGCAGAUUAGGCAUGACUUGUUGUAUAUGAUUUUACACUUUUAUUUUGUGUCUUGUGAUCUCGUUCUGUGGUAAGGAUAUUGUAUGGUUGUUGCAAAGAUAUGACAUGGUGAUAAAGGCAUAUUUGAUUUGUCAUAGUGAACGAGUAUUUUUCGUCUUGAUGUUGCAUUCUUAACAAACAUUGUGUGUAUAAUGUUUUUGUUGGAUGAGUCAUUUUUUAAAUUUUGAAUGAGGCCGUAGGAUAAUUUUAUUUUGUAGCAAUUGAUGUAAUGCUUUAGAUAAGCAGUGAUGCUUGUUUUAAUACUUUUAUUUAGUCUUAUUCCACAUUUACAGUCAUUUUAAUGCUUCUGCGACCACAUCACUGCAGUUAAAUUUUUGCUAUUAUGUAUCAUAGCAAGUCUCAAUUUGAAUAAUUAAUUGUUUUUGAGAUCGCUGAAAGCCUUUUAAAUUUUUCAUCACAGGGCAGUUUCCAUUAAUUUUCUCAUAAACAAUACUAAUUUAACAGUAAAUAUUUUUGCACAGUCUUAAUUGUGUAUUACUUAAGGUAAAUAAGUUAACUAUAUAUGUAUAUAUAUAUAUGACUAAAUUCGAAUAAUAAACUUGAAAGCUUCACUUGCAUAUCCUUGUACAUCCGGCAUUUCGUGGUUAUUUUAUAGUAAAUAUGUUAUUAUAUUCUUCAAUGAAUGAUACAUUUAACAUGGUGCGUGCUAACAUUUACUAACUCACAUAUAUUUGACUGUGCUAAACUGCUUUUGACACUUCAUCACUGGCGAUUGAUUAUAUUGUUGUAGAUAUCUUGUACAAACCUUCAAUUUUUGAUUCAAAUUAUUUACUAGCAUGUAAUUGUCACAAAUAAAAUCACACCUGCUGCUCAG